AAACUUUGCACAGAGUAUAUAUCCUCAGUAGUCUCACCUGGCUCUACAUCACAGCAACCAUGAAAGCUCUCCUCUUCUUCCUCUGCCUCCUCUUCCCCUUCAUCACUGCCUCCUCCGUGGCCUACCCCUCUGUCCUGGAUUGCUCCCUCUCCGAUGGUGGCGAGGGCCUCCAGCCUCUCCGUCGAGAAACUUAUGGAAGUGGCCGGAUUUUCGACAUAAGCCACCGUAUCACCUCCGAGAUGCCGGCCUGGGAGUCCAAGGAUGGGCUGGGGCAGUACCUCUGGCUCCGUGCGAGCAUGAAGAAUGGAUCAAUAGCAAACUUCUCGGAGAUGAAGCUGCCAGCCCACAUGGGGACCCACUUGGACGCCCCGGGCCACGUUUUCGAUCACUACUUUGAAGCUGGGUUCGACGUGGACACACUUGACUUGGAAGUCCUCAACGGCCCUGCUCUGUUGGUUGACGUUCGAAGGGAUAAGAACAUAACUGCUGAAGUUAUGAAGUCCUUGCACAUUCCGAAGGGAAUACGACGUGUUCUCUUCAGAACUCUAAACACUGAUAGGCGGCUCAUGUACAAGAAGGAGUUUGAUACGAGCUAUGUUGGUUUCAUGAAGGACGGAGCACAGUGGUUGGUAGACAACACGGACAUCAAACUUGUCGGCAAGUUGCAAGAGUUGAUUAUUUGUCUGUUGCUGCCUAUGACGAUCUGAUUCCAUCUCAUCUUGUUUUCCUUGAGGGCAGGGAAAUUAUUCUGGCAGAAGGCCUCAAGCUUGAUGAUGUGCCAGCCGGGAUAUAUUCCGUCCAUUGCUUGCCCCUGAGGCUGUUCGGGGCAGAGGGAUCACCAAUGAGAUGCAUUCUGAUCCAAUGACCGAUCAAUCUUUAUUAAGUUCUGAAACAAACACACUCUUAAUCCGGCUUGAUGGAAUUAAUGACUUUAUAUGUACCCAUUGAGCUCAAAAUCACCUCUCAAAACAUAAAGCCGAGUGUAUGGUUUGAGUUUUGAAAUUCAUGUUUAAUCAUGGUACUUGAACUUCCGGUGCUGCUCUAUAUGGCCCAAAAUAAAACUUGUUCUGCUCUUUCUUUUCUCGGAAUGUCA